GCCAGCUGUGUAACGUCUUUACCCAUUCGUCAUCAUAUCUGAAGACGUUGAUCAAACAUCAAUAUGGCCAGUGCCAACGCUGCUGUCAACCAGAACGCUGUUGCGGUGGGGUUAGAAGAUCUCAAGACUGACAAUGUUGACUUCGGACUGCUCGAGCAGGCCUUUGGCCCUGAGAGUCUUGGCAUAAUCGUCGUGAAAGACCUUCCUGAGAAGUUCCAUGGACUGAGACAUAAGCUGCUAUCAUACUCCUCAGCUCUCGCUAGUCUGUCACCAGAGCAACUCGAGAGGCUUGAAUCACCAGCAUCCAAGUGGCUCGUUGGCUGGUCCUGUGGAAAGGAGACGCUUAAGGGUGGCCAAUAUGAUACACUCAAAGGCUCGUACUAUGUCAACUGUGCCCCUGGAUUCGAGGACACACAGAAGUCAGUCGCCGAGAAGUACCCAUCAUUCCCAGAGUACACAGCACCCAAUGUCUGGCCAUCAGAGGAGCUUCUGCCAGGCUUCGAAAAGACCUUCCGUGAGCUCACAACACUGGUCAUCGACGUCGCAGUACUUGUUGCUCGUGCCUGUGACAGGUACGCUGAAGCCAACAUUGAAGGCUACCAGAAGGGAUUCCUGGAGCACGUCGUGAAGACAAGUGUGUCGACCAAGGCCCGGCUCUUGCACUACUUCCCAUCCCCAGAUACGAACAGUGGGGCUUCAGACACGUCCAGCGGCGAUGAGGACGACUGGUGUGCUACUCACCUCGACCACGGCUGCUUGACAGGUCUUACAUCAGCAAUGUUUGUCGACGAGGCAGCACAUACGCCGCAGACCGGCGCAGCGUUUGCACCUCUUCAGGAACUUGAGCGCUCGCCUGACCCCAAGGCUGGGCUCUACAUCCAUUCAAGGACCGGGGCAACUGUCAAGGUCGGGAUACCGCGGGACUGUCUCGGCUUCCAGACUGGAGAGGCUCUUGAGAUCAUCACCAAAGGCAAGUUCAAGGCUGUUCCCCACUUCGUCAGAGGAGCUAGGCCUGGCAUUGGAGGAAAAGUUGCUAGGAAUACACUGGCCGUGUUUACCCAGCCUAACCUGUGGGAGAAGGUGGACGAGAGUAGAGAUUUUGCCACGUUUGCGAAGGAGAUUGUGGAGAAGAACCAUUGAGAGGUUGGCAAUGACAUCAUCUGUUAUCUGAU